CUCAUCCAUCAAUCUACAUUCCAACCACUCAAUACCCAAAUGGCUUCCAUUAUCACCUCCGCUGCCAAAUCUGCCCACGCAGCGGCCGCCACUCUCCUCGAGAAGGCUCAGGCUAAGCCGGGAGACAAGAUCCCAAUUACAGUCACAGUUAAGGAGCAGAGUCCUGCUGAGACCACCACCCUCGAUCUCACGGGCAGGAACAUUCUUGCGUUCGUCCCUGGAGCGUUCACACCUCCUUGCAGCUCGGAGGUACCAGGAUAUAUCGACAACUAUGAAGCCUUCAAGGCCAAGGGUGUCAAGAACAUCUACAUCAUCGCUGUGAAUGACGCUUUCGUCAUGAAUGCUUGGAAAGCGAAGCUCGCGCCGAACGGUACCGAGGUGCGGUUCAUUGGCGAUGACCAGUGCGCUUUGGCAUCCCAGCUUGGCCUCGUUCAUGAUUUCACUGAGCUUUUCGGCGCGCCUCGGGCUAAGCGGGCUGUCAUUGUUGCCGAAGACGAUGUGGUAUCUUCCAUCACUGUCGAAGACGACUCCACGCAGGUCACCAGCACGGCUGCUGACAAGAUUCUUCCUCUGUUGUAAUUUGUUUCUUGAGGGAGGCGAGCGAACGAGCGAGGAUGUAAUUGUUUGGCGUUGUAGUUUCAUGUAGAAGCAGUCCAAUUGUAUGUAUACCCGGCGGGUAUGUAGAAAGUGAAUGCAGCUUGUAAACAUAAUUUUGAAACC